CGCGUCACGCCUACGUCCUCGCCCUCGCGUCCUUCCGGUUUCCGGCCGCGUCUAGAAAGUCGCCGUGUUCGUGGGCGCGCACGGGUAGCAUGGCGUCGUUGCUUGGCCCGCUUCUCCGGACUGUUCGACAGAUGGUUCCUGCAUCAGCUUCAGGACAAGUUCGAGGCUACUAUGUGAACUGGAAAAUGCUACGAGAUGUGAAAAGAAGAAAAAUGGCCUGUGAGUAUGCUGAUGAGAGGCUACGGAUCAACUCACUCCGAAAGAAUGCCAUUUUGCCCAAAGAACUUCAGGAUGUGGCUGAUCAGGAGAUUGCUGCCCUUCCUCCAGACAGCUGUCCAGUCAGGAUCAGAAACCGUUGUGUUAUGACAUCCCGUCCACGUGGAGUAAAACGGCGCUGGCGGCUCAGUCGUAUCGUCUUCCGUCACCUGGCUGACCACGGACAGCUUUCUGGAGUCCAGCGGGCAAUAUGGUGAUCCUCUCCAGAACCUACUGAGCUUUCAGAAGAGCUGGUUCUGGUGAGAAGAGACUUUCUAAGUUUUUGUAGGAAUCAGAUCACCUGAUGCUGUGUAUAAUUAAAUUAUAAUUUUUAAAUGAAAUCCUAAAUGUUUCAUUCUGCCUGUAAACUCUGACAGGAAUUAUCUUUUUUCUUGGAUUUAAUACUUUAGACAUACUGUUCCCAUAUGUGGCACAAAGAGAAUAAUAAAAAGCCUUUUCUGAGUGUG